AUGAGUCCUGACUGCGCUGUGGAUUACUGCGACGAGGAGAGGCCAGAGGGACAGUGGCACACUUUGAACCGUCGAGUGGCAUCUGAACCGAUCAAAGAAGAUGGGAAAGUCGCAGUGGAUGGACCAAAUUUAUUGCAACACGCAUUCAUGGAACGAGAAAUUCCGGUCCAUAGAGGUGGCAAGCAAAUACCCCCUGGGGUUGCACAAACAUUUCAACAGCCGGUGAACCACAAACGACCAGGAUAUGAGCGACGAGUGAUGAGCAUGGAGCGAGAGAUGGAGAGAGUUGCGGAGCAAGUCCUAUGCAAAGCGGACUCUACUUGGUACAAGGCGGGAGCGAAUAUUGAGCGACUCUUGCUUUCUCCCAAUAUGAAGAACCUAACCCUAUUUUACACUAUUGACAGUCAGGCCCGUAGACCUUCGUCAUGGUGGCGAAAGAUAAAUGCGAAAUCGGCUAGUUCUUUGAGAGCAGCCUUGGCCCAAAACCUUAAAACAAAGUACGUACCAAGGGUAUACUUUGAGGAAGCGACCAUCAAUAAGACCAGCCGCGUUACACCUGCAGAAAGCAAACUUGAUAUCCUCUUCGAUAAGAUUGCGGCUGAACGUGAAAUGAAAGUUCAUACCGCCGAAGAAAGUGAAGUCGGGGAGUAA